AUGGCCGCGGCGUCCCGAGAUGAUGGGCCGAAGCUUGAGCGCUUUGAUGGUACGCAGCCUGCUACUUACAGGAAGUGGCGGCGGAAGGCGGAGCUGAUGCUAAUGGCGUUGCCGAACACGUACUCUAAGGAAAAGUGGGGUGCCAAACUCAUGGAACAGCUUUCUGGUGAAGCAGAAGAGGUUUGUGAAGCGAUACCGGUGGAAAAGCUGAUCAAGGAGGGUGGCCACGAACUUGUCCUGAAGGCCUUGGACGAUAAGUACAAGGAGCUGGACAAGGAUGCACUUCACAAGCACUUGACGGAGUACUUCUAUGGCGUCAGCAUCAAAGGCGGCGAGACCUACAGGAACCUGAUGGUGAGGCUGGAGACCAGUUACCGACGGCUUCAAGAACACACCGUGGAGCUUCCAGAAGAAGUCCGAGGAUGGUUUCUGCUACGCAAACUGGGAAUGGAUGCCACAGCUGAGGCGAUGGUUCUCACACACACCAAGGGGUCGUUGAAGUACCCACAAGUGAGCAAAGCUGUGAACGACAUCUUUCCCCAAGGUGUUGCGAAGGGUGCGUCAUCCAAGGUGAAGGAAGUCUUCGAGGUGGAGAAUGUGCCGGAGAACUCCGGCGACACCGAGUAUGACGACGUGGAUGAAGUGUACCAGGCAGUGGCAGAUCAAGUGCAGAGCAACCCGGAGUACGAUGAUGAGGAUGCACUUGAUGUCUUUGAAACUUACAAGGAGGUUCGCAAACAGGUUCAGCAGCGCAAGCUGGGCAGAGGAUACAAGCCCCAUGGCCAGCGACCGGAGUGGACGCUGUCAGGGACAGUAAAGGGCCGCAUCGAGCAGUUGAAGAUGAAGACAAAGUGCCAUGGAUGCGGAGAGCGAGGGCAUUGGAAAAAGGAGUGCCCGAAGCGUAAAAGCGCAUCGAGUGGCAAUGCCAAGGAAGCGAUGAUGGCCGAUCUGUCAGGUGGCAGUGCGCGAGACCUCGAGCAGGAGUUCUUCAUAGAUGAGGAGAGCAUAGACCAGCUGGAGGUGUUCCUAGCAGAGCAGGGCGAUCAGGUGGACGUGAUAGUUGCACCAAAGUGCGAAAGCAUCAACGAGAAUGACGAAGUGAGAGGGGACUUUGAGCAAGGGCUCAUGAAGUUUUUUUCCAUCGCGCAUGACUCAGACGCCAGAUCGAGUGAAGCAUACAUGGCCGAUCUUGCGAGUCACGGGGAUGUGUCGCAGAAGCAAGCAAAGACGCAUGAGGUGAAUGCCGCGGCAAUGAGCUACACCGGCAACGAGAGCGAUGUGCCGAUGAUCUCGGAGUUCGUUGUGAGGACUCCCCUGGUGGAGAGGUUGGUGGCGGACUUGGCGCCACAGCUGCAGGGAGCAGAGUCUGCGACGAUUGCAACCACCAUUCUGGAUGCAGCGUCCGAUCACAGCGACGACGAGCCAGAAGGGCUCGUCAGCGGGCUCAGCGGAGAUCUGUUGCUGAACAUUGGCAAGUACGAGAAAAUGAAGGUGGCAAUGAAGUUCAGCACAGCUUACAUCAACGACAAGAAGUACAUCGCCUGGGUGAGGAAGUUCAUCAAGGACAAGGAGUCAAGGAAUGGCAAGUCGGAAUGCCAUCCGACAAUGGGGCUCUUCCGCCUCUACAUAGAGUUGCGCGACCAAGUGAAAAGCCGCCGUCUCAGGAGUGCUGCACCGUCGACACAAAGGGCAGUGCGGGAGGCAACGAGCGGAUAUGGGAGCAGCGAUCAGGCACCAUUGGUGCCAGCGACAACACCGUUGCUUCAGCUGCGUGCCAAGGCGAAGAGCCAGGCAAGGCCGUCCUCUUCAGCAGCGAGUGCUUGGCCGGCGACCGUGAGUGCAGAGCCCGAGGCGAGCAUGGAUGCGAAUCAGUUGCGUCGCAUGCAGAUCCAACAGCGAAUCGAAGCCUUGUCGAACGAGCUGGAGGCGCUGAACGAGAUGCUCGACCUAUGA